AUGAUUGUCAAAAAAACGACAGAACGUCGUCAAUUUAUGCGGAAGCUAAGUGAAGAACUAGCAUUGCCGAUGAUUGAACACCGUACGGCGAAUCCGCAAGUAAUGCGUCACUUCUCAACAAAGAUUGCUGUUGAAAGUAUUUUAGGUCAUGCACUAGCAGAAACAAUCGAGAUAAAUCCUGGUCCAGUGGUUCCAAAAGAUAAAACCGGAAGAAAAAAAGUGACAGGAUCUUGUCAUGUGUGCAAUGCCUUGCCAAUAAAAAGACGACGAAAGACUCAAGGUCACUAUUAUGUGUGGGACGAAUGCAUUGGCAAAAACGGCCCUAACGAAAUUGCUAGCUUUCUAUUCGACUUUAUAAAACAGAAGGCUUCACAAGGUAUAAAAGAAUUCCGAUUCUAUUUCGACUGCUGCGGUGGCCAGAACAGAAAUCGAAUCAUAUUUCUAAUGUAUGCUUAUGCUCCAAAAGUAUUUGGAGUGAAUAUUAAACACAGUUUCUUUGAAGUUGGCCAUUCCCAAUCAGAAGGAGACUCAAUGCAUGCUCUUAUAGAGCCACGCAAACCAUACGCCGUGAAAGAGGUCAAUCAAAAUGAUAUAUUUGACUUCAAGUCGUUGCUGAACUUAGUUCCGAAUUGGGAAUUGGACAAGGAUAAAAUGAAAAUGAUGUGGUCGAAAGUCAAUUAUAUUGAAAUUAAUAUGCAAAGUCCAAAUAUUAUAAACUUUCAAAAUGAUUUUUAUAGCGAUCAACUAAAUUGGAUUGAUUUGGACUACCACAAAGUAAAGACCAGACGACUGAAUAAAAAUAAAAAUUUGGACACGUUGUGGAGUCAUACUUUAGUUAUAGCGUAUAAAAGCUUACACCCAAUCACUCAAAGCAAAUACAAGGACUUGAUGAGCUUAUGCUCCAGCGGUGCAAUUCCAGAACAAUACAGAAUGUUUUAUGUAAACUUGCCGCACUCAAACACCGUUACUAAUACGGUUGAUUUAGACAUUGAAGACUAA